UUGAGUUAUCCCCCUUCGAUCAACUGCAAAAUGGCUGACCAAAGUAAAGUGUACAAUUCUCCCCUUGAUGAAGGGCCUUUAGACGACGGAACCAGAGAUGCUUUGACAGAAGGUUUAGUAGAUUUAUUACGACCAGCAGUGGAAGAGAUAGAUGACAGAGUAAAAUGUGUUCGAGAAAGUCAAAUGGAAUUAAGACAACAAAUUGAUAGUGUCGCAGAUGAUUUGAAAAAGGUCAAUGAGAUUGAAGCAGUACCUGUAGAUUUAGAACCAUAUGUCAAGAAAUUAAAUAAUUCACGUAGAAGAGUUAUGCUAGUUAAUAAUAUACUACAAAAUGUUCAGGACCGAUUAAAUAAACUACAUACAAAUGUAUCCAAAGAAACAGCCAGAAAGAAGACAUUGUUAGAUCCAGGUGCAAGUUUUAAAUAAUGUGUGAUUUUAGAAACAGUCUUUUUAAGUGACAUUUGUGAACUAUUGUGAAAUACAAAUCAAAUUUUGUUAUUAUUGAUUGGGGAUUCCAGUUUGAAAAAAAAUACUACAUUACCAAAAAUAUAUAUGUAAAUUAAAGAAAUGUACAUCUUCUCCAUAUAGCCAGGAUUUUAAUAUUCAUAUGGUAGUACUUGCAGUUGUAUGAUGAGAGAGAGAGGGGGAGAGAGUGAGUGAGCGAUAGACCCUUUUCCCUGUCAUGUACAAGCGGGGAAUUGAAACUACACCAUUUGACUCCAUGACAGACCUUGUGAUCUAAUGAGCACUCAUUAUGUCAUUAGGUCAUCCAACCACCCUGUAAGAUGAGUAACCUUAGGACUGGAUGAUGAUCAAUUCAUAAAACAAGGGAACAACAUAAUACAUCACUCGACAAACCUCGGCAGACUCCCGUACCCUACAUCUAGCCUUGGCUGUAUGAUGGUAAGUGAUAUGUCCCUAUACCUAUACAAUUUCGAUGCAACUACCGGUUUACUUAAAAGGAAAACUUGGCGCUUUUAGAAAGAAGUUCUCAAAAUUGUGUUGUUCGAAGAGUGUGUAGAGUUUUCAUUGCAAAGUUGUCCAAUAUUUAAAGAAAAUCGGAUAAACUUGAAAGAAAAACAGCUUCAGAUAUAGAAAGCUUUGUAUGAUAAAACACUCUUCACAGGCAUCUUCAUGGGUGAGGCCAUUUUGUAAUCCGGGAACUUGUAAGUAGUUCUAAUGGUGGAAUUUGUCAUACAGCUGAGGCUAGAUGUAGGAUAUUGGAGUCUGCUGAGGUUGGCAGAGUGCAUAAUACAUAUCUUGCCUGUGAUCUUGUGAUAAAUAAUAGUCUUGAUUGCUCCAGUUCAAAUUGUCUCCAAUAUUCGUUAAAAGUCAAAGUGGAGUCAAUUUGGCUAGAGUAUACAAGACUAAUAAAAUAUUCCUUCAAUGUAAUGCUUUUAGCAAUUCCCAAUGUAGUACUUCAUAUUUUUUAAAGGCCAGCAUAUAUUUCAAGCAAUUGCAAUAGAAGUCUCAAACAUAGGCACAUUUGAAAGAUAUAAAUCUCAGUUCAGUCACAAUAAUUCAUGUAUGAUCAUGGGAUGUGGUUGAUUUGCUUAUGACUAGCCGUAUAAGGUGCAUGUUCCUCAGACUAAUGCUUGUUUAUAUGCUAUUGUGUUUUUUUCUAAAAUAUGUUUUAUUCACCAUAUAUAAAUGGGAGAUCUACAGACAGGUAAAAUACCUGUCAGACCCCUUUGGCUAUUCUGUUAUGCUGAGGUAAUAUAUACGUAAUUUUAUUAAUGACAAUAAAUAUUAUUAUGUUA